UUGUGGCACCCGCAGAUCCAAGCAAAACGCAGUGUGUGGCUUGUACUGUGAAGAUAGAGACUUCCACAAGGGCGAUGGUACGCAGUUUGUCAUCGAUCGGCCCCUAUAUCUUCUUGCUCUAGGAAUUCGGUAAGAUGAUACACAUGUUGAGGACAAAGUAGGCUCAAGUGCAGGUAGCUCAGUAGAGCCAAUGGGAGCAAGUGCUGAUACGAAUACACAAAAACGGAUCUCAACAAAGUAUAUACAAAAAACUGGUUAAUGCUACCUGCAAGCAGUUGAAGAAUGAGACCGCUCCUACUUUAUUCAGUGCGUUGUUGGGGAGCCCAUGGGCACAAAACAUCAGCAUGGAGGUUCUUGUCAUUAUCGAAAAAAUGGAGGUACUUGUAUUACUCACUACUGUGGCCUACCUAUUCGUUGCUACCUUAGGGCCCCAGCGUCGCCGUUCAACAAGCUGGUUCGUCCAAAAAGGUGUCUCGGUCGCGCACGGUUUGUCCUUCCCACUGGGAGCAUACACAAUAGGUUCGAUGCGACAUUACUCCGCGUCCGCUGCAGAGAUCAACAUGCACUCCAUUUGCGCCAUAAGUAUCUUAAUCCUUCAUGGCUGUACCGCUACAAAUUUUAGACUCGAUGACAUCAAACAAGAAAGAAGGUUCCUAUACCGCUGGGCGCUCUACUAUAUAAAUGUGAUGCCGCUUUUGAUAACCCUAAGUGGAGUUCAGAAUUCUUCCUUAGGUUCCCUACUUGUCCCUUUGUACUUUAUUGUUGAACAUAAAUUAUGCUACAUACAGUCACCAGGUUUGCUGUCAAGCAGCUCAUGGAACUUGAAUAAGAUGGUUUCCGAUCACAUGUAUGAGGAGCACACCAUGGAAGGCUGCCAUUACCUUGUUGACUGGCCCCUCAGCAAAUCCAAGUUGGGCGCUCCAUCAUAUGCAGCACACCUUACAGGGCAUGACGAUCAAGUCAUUGACAUAGAGAAGAUAUGGCUGUGCAAUAGCAUGUCACUAGACCAAGAGCUAAAGGAUACAUGCCUUUCCUUCUCUCUUUUCCACCUGCUGAGACGGCGCUUCUUUGGGUACACCUUUGGCGAGCCCAAAGAAAGGGCACAUGAUUUCGUCUUCAAAGGGUUGCUAUUGGAGAAUGAGGAAGGUUACACGGACUGCAAUCGGGUUUUCAGGGUGAUUGACACCGAGCUAGCCUUCAUGUAUGAUUUCUUCUUCACUAAAUCUGCUGUCAUAUAUUAUGGAUCAAGGGCAGCAACAAUUUUACCCCUGCUUUCAGUCAUCUUUCUAUCAUUUACAGCAGUGUGGACAGUCAGAUCACAAAAAGGCAAGGAGAAGGUUGUCAGCUUAGUGGUACUUGCAUCCACUGCUUUUCUUGAAUUGGUGCAAGUGCUACUUUACUGGACUAGCAUUUGGAGCAGAGUAUCCUUUGUUUGUCAGUAUCUCAGAGAACAUGCAAGAUGGAGAACAGUGGGAUGCUGCUGUUACAUUUUUAUAAGAUUGAAUGAGCUUCUUGCCAAGAUUGGUGUACACUGUGCACCAAACAAACACCAUUGGCAGCACAAGCUUGGGCAGUACUCAUUACUUGAUUUCAGGCCUACACUCCGUGACAAGUUGACUGGCUGGUUUGAUGCCCCUCCGAGAUAUAAGCUGGGUUACUUCCAACCAACAAACAUAUAUUUUUUUGACAAAAAACAAACAAACGUUUAUUUACAGAGGGUCCGUAGGAAAAGUCGAAAACGAAUAGAUGUACCUGGACAAGUAAAGAAGGCACUUAUUUGCUCUCUGAAGCGUAGUAAUGGUGAACUGACGAAUGGGAAAUCGUCCUUUAAUGAGGCGGCUUGAUGACCUUAAUAUAUGUGAUUACAAUUUCAAAAA